CGGCCUGAAACCCUGAAAGCUCAGAUGGAUUCAUCCAACAACACCACUGCUGCUAAAACCCUGAAAGCUCGUCUCAACAACGGAGAGACUCUUUACGGCAUCUUCCUCGUCAGUUUCUCCCCAACUCUAGCAGAAAUUUCUGGCCAUGCCGGCUAUGACUUUGUGGUUGUUGACAUGGAACACGGCCAUGGUGGCAUCUCUGAGGCUCUCUCCUGCCUCCACGCACUGGCCGCUACCCGCACUCCCGCCAUCCUUCGUUUACCAGAGAAUUCACCCACCUGGGCAAAGAAAGCCCUUGACUUGGGCCCCGAUGGACUCAUGUUCCCCAUGAUCGACGAUCCUGAUUCGGCCAAAAAAGCUAUAUCGUAUUGCAAGUACCCUCCUGCUGGUGUCCGUGGAGCUGCUCACCCCAUUGUCAGAGCUUCCAAAUAUGGGAUUGAUGAAGAGUAUCUGAGCAAGUAUGAAAAAGAGUUGCUGAUAAUAUGCCAGGUUGAAUCAGGGGAAGCUGUGAAGAGAAGCGGGGAGAUCGCUGGCGUUGAUGGGGUGGACUGUGUGAUGGUGGGACCAUUGGAUCUGAGUGCGAGUCUUGGGUGCUUGCAGGACCCUGGAAACGAGAGAGUCAAGGAGACGAUAAGACUAGCUGAGAAGGCAGUGUUAGAAAGUGGUGAGGCAUACUUGGUUGGCUUCGCAAUGCCGCAUGAUGCUCCUUCUGAUCUAAAAAGACGAGGAUAUCAUAUGGUUUGUGGCUCUGUUGACGUGGGGUUGUUUAGAGACGCAACUGUUGAGGAUGUGAAGAAGUUUAAGAUGAAUAAAUAAGAGAUGAUCAAAGAAUCAAUAUCAAUAUUUCUUUGGUUUUUUCUUGGUUGAAAUGGUAGAACUCAAUAAACUGUGCUGUCUUUUUCAUGUAAACCAGAAAUAAAAGAGUCUAUUUUAUUACGAUA